AUGGGUGCACCUGGUCCAUACCUGGGAGGCUACCAGGACCUGGUAGGUUUGGGAAGGGAGACCAUCACAGCUGGCGAAAUCAACAGUGACUCACCUUAUAUGGUGGAGUCCGCAUGGCUCCCAGCCACAAGCGACGCACGUCAUGAUUUUGAGACCCGGCUGGACAGAAUCUUUGUCAACUUCUGGCAAUGGCUGAAGAGCAAGAUUAGUAAGCUCCAGCAUGGAGAUGACCUCCAGGGGCUACAAGCAUGA